AUGUUCAGCUCUUCCAACUCGGCUCUGCACGCGAGGAACGGAGGACUGAUAGGACUCGCCGCGACUGCUAUCGCGCUAGGACAGGAUGUAGCGCCCUUUCUGGGUACGAUCAUCACGCCUGUUUUGGCUUGUUUCCAGGAUCCGGAGAGUAGGGUGCGGUAUCAUGCUUGCGAGAGCUUGUAUAACAUAGCCAAAGUCAGCAAGGGUGAGAUACUUGUGCACUUCAACGAGAUCUUCGAUGCGCUCAGCAAGCUCUCGGCCGACUCCGAGAUGUCCGUCAAGAACGGCGCCGAGCUUCUCGACCGACUCAUGAAGGACAUUGUCGCUGAAGCCGCCCCUACGUACAUCAGCAUCUACCCCGGCAAUAUCAACCCCAACCUUCCCCCUCCGCGCCACUUCGACUCGGACCCUCCUCAACUCACAACAAGCGCCGGAUCCUCAUCCCUCUCCAAUCGACUAGCCAAUAUCGCCAGCGCGGAGGAUAAGCGGGCGUUCAACCUCGCUCGGUUCAUCCCGCUGCUGUCGGAACGGGUGUACGUGAUUUCGCCGUAUACGCGGAUGCACCUCGUCAGCUGGAUCAUGGUGCUGGAUUCGAUACCGGAUCUGGAGCUGGUCGCUUGGUUGCCGGACUUCUUGGAUGGACUACUCAAAUAUCUCGCAGAUAGCAAUGUCGACGUCCGGCUCGCGACAGAGAACGUCCUGUCCGAGUUUCUGCGCGAGAUCAAGUGCAUCGCCGAAGUCCAAGAGAAGCAGGCCGAGAUUGAUCGUCAACGAAGGGAGACGCGUACGCUCAAGAGGCGCACAUCUCGGCAGACCAUGCAGUCUACGGCAGAGGGCAAGGAUGAGGCGAUCGCGGAGGAAGAAGGGGAACAGGGGGAGGAUGAACGAGAAGGGACUGCAUACGGGGAUGACGCAACGACGACGGAUCAGGAUUGGGAGGGCGAGGGGAGCGGGCUGUGGCAGCCUGGUCAAGGGGUGUUCAUUGAUCAUGCGGCGAUUAUGGACAUUAUCAUCCAGCAUCUGUCUUAUCCUGAUGAGCUCGUACAGUCGACGUCGAUGGAGUGGAUCUUGACAUUCUUGGAUCUUGCUCAGAAUACGGUAGUCGCGUUCACACCAAGAAUUGUACCUGCCAUCCUCCCCAACCUCGCUUCCCAACACCGCCAUAUCAAGCUCGCCGCACAUGAGACCAACUCCUCCCUCUACCGCGUCAUCCAGUCCCUCCCACUGCAGGUCCAGCCAUCUGCACCCCCACAACCGCCCCAAACAGCCGCUACCAUCCCACCACCUACCGCCGGCGGACCCUCCCUCUCCCAAAUUACCUCUUCACCGCCUACCGCCUCACCCGCUCCGAUCCGGAAAGACUUUGCCCUAUCCGACGCGCCCGAGACGAUGCGGUCUCUAUCGAUGCAAGACCCGCUCGAUAGCUCAUCCAUCACCGCCUCGGCCUCCAGCCUGUCCACCACCGUCCGCGCCUCAUCCUCUACCCUCCCUUCGUCCAGCUCAAUAGCGUCUACUUCACCCGCAAUCAAGACGAAACCAACCCCUGCAGCCGGAGAACCCGUCACGCCCAUAACGUCCGAAUUCCCACCUGGGGUGAAGACACGCGGGACCGGACGACCAGAUUCGCCAGGACAGCAGCAGCCGAUGUCGCCGACGGCGGAGACGGUGAUGGAUGAUGAUCCGUUUGAUGUGCGCGAGACGGUCAAUGUCUUGACGUUACAGUUCUUGAGCGAUCAUGCCGAGACGAGAAUAGCGGCGUUGGAAUGGUUGUUGAUGUUGCACCUGAAGGCGCCGAAUAAGAUUCUGUCUAGGGAUAGCGGGACGUUCCCUGCUUUGCUCAAGACACUAUCGGACCCGUCCGAAGACGUUGUCAAGCACGACCUCCAGCUUCUCGCCCAAAUCUCCGCCAGCUCGGAAGAAGCCUACUUUACGUCCUUCAUGUCCAACGUCCUCGAACUCUUCUCGACGGAUCGUCGGCUGCUCGAGACUCGGGGUAGUCUGAUUAUCCGGCAGCUGUGCCUGCAUCUCAACGCCGAGAGGAUAUUUAGGAGUAUAGCGGAGAUUCUGGAGAAGGACGAUGAUCUGGAAUUUGCGAGUAUGAUGGUGGUCAAGCUUAAUAUGAUCUUGAUUACUUCGCCUGAGUUGGCGGAUUUCAGGAGGAGGCUGAAGAAUCUGGAAUCUAAGGACGGACAGAUGCUCUUCUCCUCCCUCUACCGCUCAUGGUGCCAUAAUGCGGUCGCGGUCUUCGCCCUCUGCCUCCUCGCUCAAGCCUACGAGCACGCCUCGACAUUGCUCCAGAUCUUUGCCGAGCUGGAGUUGACGGUCAGUCUGCUUGUCCAGAUUGACAAGUUGGUCAUGCUCAUCGAGAGCCCGGUCUUCACCAACCUGAGACUGCAAUUGCUUGAGCCGGACAAGUACCCAUACCUCCCGAAAUGCCUCUACGGCCUCCUCAUGAUCCUACCGCAAAGUAGCGCAUUCGUCUCGCUUCGCGCGAGAUUGUCAGUGGUGCACUCGAGCGGAUACGUCCCGAUCCAGCCAAAAUCCUCAUUCGUCUCUGGAACCGGGAGUGUACGGGGAAAGCUAGGCGGGAAGGACGAGAUCAAGUGGCAAGAGUUGCUUUCACACUUCCGAUCAGUACAGACACGGCACGAGAAGGCCCGACGUCAGCUCCAUUCAACCGACGCACACUCCAUCUCGUCCAUGCACUACUCAUCCCCUUCCCAAAUCUACAACUCUGCACCUAAUACCGCUGGCCUCCCUCCCAAGACCGCUGGCAUCAAAAAGAAGCCGACUUCCCGCUCUUCGGUCGAUGGCAACGCUACUGUCGGCAGACUGAGCGGCAUGUCGCCUCUGAAUCCGAAACGAGGACCUACCACAGGGUCAGGCUCGGGCGGCGGGGCGGCGAUAGGGGUGUCUAUAGGUGGGGCAGUAGCGUCGAUGAACGCUAUGGGACAUGGACGGCCGAUGAGUCCGCCGGCGGUCAAGGGGAGGAAGAUACUAGGUGGGAUGAGAAGAAGGGAGGGAUAG